GGGGAACCCCGGGGAACCAGUUCUCCCUGAGUCAACAUGGCUGCGGCCGGCGAGCGGCUGGGACGCCGGUGAGGGGAGGACGUGAGGCUUUUCCGAGGCGUAGCCCGCGAUCCCUCAGCGAUGGCGCUCCGCUCGCGGUUCUGGGAGUGCCUGUCGGUUUGCAGAAACCCCGGGAAUUCCCAUUUCUCUCAGACGACUCCUCGGGGGCUGCACAGGUGUGGGGUCGCAGCGCUGUCAACGAGUGCCGAGCCCGCGGCGAAGCCUGAAGUGGACCCUGUGGAAAACGCAGCCGUCGCCCCAGAGUUCACCAACCGGAACCCCCGCAACCUGGAGCUCCUAGGUGUGGCCAGGAAAGAGCGGGGUUGGGGGACAACCUGGCCCUCCCGGGAGUUCUGGCACAGGUUGCGAGUUAUAAAGACUCAGCAUCACGUAGAAGCACUCGUUGAGCAUCGCAACGGCAAGGUCGUGGUUUCAGCAUCUACUCGGGAAUGGGCUAUUAAAAAGCACCUUUAUAGCACCAGAAAUGUGGUGGCCUGUGAGAGUAUAGGACGAGUGCUGGCAGAGCGAUGCUUAGAGGCAGGGAUCAACUUCAUGGUCUACCAACCCACUCCUUGGGAGGCAGCCUCAGACUCGAUCUUCAAAACCAGAUGAAACGACUACAGAAUGCCAUGACAGAAGGCGGUGUGGUGCUGCAGGAGCCUCGGAGAAUCUAUGAAUGAAAUAGCAUUGUUCCAAACGGGGAACUAGGAAGCUGUGAGGUGCUACGUCCUUCAGAAGAGAGCAUCUGGAAGAAGGGCCAGCUGGGAAGUUUUGUACAAUCCCGUAACAGUGUGGAACAUUACUGUAGUUAAGUUAACUACAUUACUGUAGUUAACAUCACUCCCUCCUCCCCUUAGGUCUGUUUUCGGGGUUGGGUGGCGGUGGUUAAAUCGAAGGCUAAAUUCUUCCCCUCUCUUGGACAGGAGAGAAUUAUCUGGGAAAAGCGGUUGCCAAUUAUAAUUAACUUUCAAAGGACAAGUUAAAUGUUUAUAAGUUAAUGAAUAAAGGCAUAUUAUGAGCA